AUGGUGGACCUCAUCUCCAACAAUGAUGAAUCCAGCUACUUGAGAGACGAGGCCCAUCUUGUAAUUAUUUUGUCCCAGGAACUUGAACUGAAGAAUGUGACUCUAAGGGCUGGAGACCAGCUGAAAGUGCAAGGGAAGAUUAACCAUGAUGCAAACAGGUUCCAGAUUGAGCUGGGGUCUGAUGUUGAUGACCUUGCCCUGCACUUUAACCCCCGCUUUGGCGAUGAGUGUGUUCUCGUGUGCAACUCAAAGCAUGAGGGCUGCUGGGCUGAGGAACAGAGGGACACUAACAAUCCUCUACAGCCAGGCUCCACUGUAAAGAUUGUACUAAAGCAUGCUGGAAAUAUGUUUGAGGUGGAGCUCCCUGAUGGACAAGAGAUUCAGUUCCCCAAUCGUGAAGGCCUGGAAGUCAUCACUUACAUCCGGGUUGCGGGCGAUUUUAAGGUCACCUCUUUCAAGAUCUAUUGA